AAAAGAGGUAGUUCCGAAAAUAAUUCCACUAGUUAAUUGCAACUUUUGUUAUCUUACGGCAAAACAUUCAGAAUAAAGGAUGCAGGGGCUCGGAUUACAAAGUUUAAAAAAGAAUCCUGCGUUGAUUCCGCUGUACGUUUGCGUUGCGGCCGGAGCAAUUGGCGCAGUUUACUAUAUGGGUCGUCUGGCUACCAGAAAUCCGGACGUCUCUUGGAAUCGUUCAAAUAACCCAGAACCAUGGCAAGAGUAUAAGGAGAAACAAUACAAGUUUUAUUCCCCUAUUAGGGAUUAUUCUAAAACAAAGAGUGCAGCUCCGACCUUCGAGGAAUAAUUUUAUUCAUAUGGAUAUUGAAUUAAACUAAGUUUGUUGUCCAAAUAAAUGCAAUAACUUGCUGGCUACUACGA